UCAUUCCGACAUCUCGCAGAGUUCACGAUGACGACGAUACCAUCCAUAUCCUCACAGUUGACAUCGAGAGGGCCAUCUCGUUCUGAUUCACACCGCUAUGUUCUCAAAAUCCAGUAUGGGUGCUGUCGUCGAGCGUUCAGGGCGUUCUCGCAGUGAUACACCUUCCUCAAAGUCUCGCAAACGGACCUCAGUCGCAGCCCCGAUCCUCCCUCUUGUCUUACACCAUGGCCGCCUGUCCCACCAACAUCAACGAGUUCCUCACUUUCCUUCCCCAACAACCCAAGCUACGUCCAAACUCGACUGCAGACUCAAAUUCCUACACCCCUCUCGAACUCGUCCCCCCAGAGCGCCGCUUCAUCUUCUCCCAGCUAUACCCCGACCUCCUCCUAAACCUGAAAGACUUCAUCAGCGGAGUGGUCAAUGACCUCGGCAUUGGCGACAUGCCUUGCCAGUCGAUGCAGAGUGCCCUGAAGGAUAUGGCAAGGGUAUCUUUCCAGAACGAGCGCCAGGUGAGCGAGUAUGGCGGCUAUGUCACUCAGGCAGUGGAACCUGUCGUCGAGGCUAUCGCUGGUCCCACUGUCGGUGUGCGCCAUGAGCCUGAUGGGUCCGACUUUAACCUUGUUAUUGGACGGGACGAGAUCGAGGACUGUCGCCUUGAUUGGGUGCCCCUAAGAGUCUGUUCCGACAGGGAUGUGGAUUAUUCGGUGCUGCUUUCAGAGGCGGAGGCGUUGAGUAUGCCAGUCAGCCUUGAUGCUACCCGGAAGCAAACCGGUGCAAAGGCCAUGGCCAUGAAACUCGCACUGCAGAUGGUAGCUGCAAACGCCGAGUUUGGGUUUUUCUUUGGUGGGUAUAUAGCCAUUGCUGCACGCCUCAUCCACAGACCCCUCUCGUCCCGGACUCAUUCUCCUUAUUUCGCCUGCGUUCAGACUUUCCAAUGAGGCCCCUCCAAUCUCGGAAAUGCUCACGCCGUUUCAGGCAAACAUACAACCCGAGCCGUUCCUUGCCAUACUCGUCGCUAUGUUAUGCGCCGAUCUGGUUCCUGGUCAUGAGGUCAAGAGCCCG